GAGAAAAUAAAAGAAAUAUAUAAAAGAGGAUGGAUUUGAAGGUUCCAACUAUAGAUUUUAGAAAUUCAUCAGAGUUGAAAAAAGGAAGUGAAAAAUGGAAUUUAGUGAGAGAUGAAGUUUUCAAAUCCUUAGAAGAAUAUGGUUGUUUUGAGGCUUUACUUGAUGGAGAAAUUCCAAAAGAAAAACUAUAUGAAAAGUUGAAACAAGUUUUCAACUUUAAUUUGGAGAAUUUAUUUGGAAAAUCUCAAAAUGUGUUAGUAGGUUACACUAGAGAUAAUCCUAGUACACCACUUCAAGAGAGAAUGAUGAUUGACAAUGUCCUCACUCAUGGUGUUAUUCACAAUUUUUCCAACCUCCUUUGGCCUGAGGGAGACCCUCAAUUCUGUGAUUUGGUGCUUACUUACUCCAAGAAAUUAUUAGAAUUUGGUGAUAUGGUAAGAAGAAUGGUAUUUGAUAAAUUGGGUUUGGAAAAUUACUUGGAUGAGCACAAGAAAUCAGGUGAUUGCACACUUGCCUUCUUGAAGUACAGAGUGCCUAAAGCUGAGGAGACAAAUGUUGGAGUACCUCCACAUACUGAUAAAAUCAUUUCAACAAUUUUAAGUCAACAUGAUCAAGAUGUAAAUGGGCUCCAAAUUAUGGACAAAAAUGGGCAAUGGCAUGAUGUUCAAUACUCAUCACCUCAUUCAUACAUAUUCCUUGUUAGUGAUUGUUUGAAAGCAUUUACAAAUGGUAGGCUGCAUUCUCCCACUCAUAGAGUUAUUAUGGGAAAUGAAGAGAGGUAUUCUAUGGGUUUUUCCACAAUGCCUAAAGAAGGGUAUAUCAUAAAAGUCCCAGAGGAACUUGUUGAUGAAGAUCAUCCUUUGCUUUACAAGCCUUUUGAUGGUUCCAAAUUGCUUCCAUUUUUUUACUCAGAGGUUAGACGCGGUGUUAUUGCAACUCUAGAGAACUUUUGUGGUGUCUCAGCUAACAAUCCAAACUUGUCUUGUACUGACAUUUGAUUGUUGGCCCUUCUUCUGGUUCUACCCCCUCCAUCUUGUAAUAGUUCUAAACCAUUAUAUAUUUUCCUUUUAUACUCGAGAGCUUCUUUGGUGUUUCUCAACAUUCCAAACUAAUUA